CGGCAGUCAGUGCGGCGAUGUCGACGGCGAACGACGGUUCGGCGGUACGGUUCGGCCGAUGGUGGUGGUGCUGGCGUAGAAGAAGGCGGAGUAUUACCACCCGCGGCCCUGCGAUGCCGACGACGACGGAUUACCCGAGGACGAUGGUCCUGAUUGUCGUGCUGGCGUUGAUCUCGAUCCUCCUAGGUCAUGUUGACGCCGCCGCAAGGACGAAAGCCGAGGAGUCGGCCUCGCCCCGCGGCACGACCGGCAAGCAGCGGGAGGCCGAGCCGGUGAUCGAGGAAGUCACUGCCAAGCAACUCGAACGGCUCCUUAACGAGAAGGAUUUUGUUGCCGUGUAUUGGUAUGCACGAAGUUGCGUCACAUGCGACAAGGUCCUGGCCGAAUUGGAGAAAAUCGACGACGAUACGGAUCACUUUGGAGUUGACUUUGUCAAGAUCAACGAUAAACGACUGGCGAAGCAAUAUGGUAUCAAAAACUUUCCAGCUCUUACGUAUUUCCGCGAGAAAGAACCAAUUAUAUAUGAAGGGGACCUGAUGGACGAAGAAAAUGUAUUGGAUUUUCUCACGAGUUUGGAAGCGAUGGAUCUGCCGGAUCGCAUCGAAGAAGUUAAUGCCAAGAUUCUGACGAAAAUCGUCGAAGAAACAGACUUUGUGGCGGUUCUUUUCUGUCCGGACACGGAGCGGUGUGCGGGCGCUGGGUCUAACAAGCCAGACUGCAAAAAGUGCCUUAAGGCUCUGCAAGAACUGGAGAACAUCGAUGACGAGGCCGAUCAGUUAGGCAUCGGCUUCGUAAAAAUCGCGGACGAGGAGCUCGCGGACGAGUAUAACCUCGGUUCUCUUCCAGCCCUUGUUUACUAUAGGCAUCAAAUCCCAAUCAUUUACGAACAUGAACUGAGUAAAGAAGAAGACGUGCUAGAGUGGCUGGUGGCGAAUAAAAGUACGGGAGACGAAGAGGACGUUAUCGAGGAUGUUACCGCUAAGACGUUGAAUACACUAAUCGGAAAUAUAGACAAUCUAGUUGUUCUGUUCUACGAUCACGGCGAUGAGGACUCUAUGCAGGUUCUGAACGAAUUGGAAAAAAUCGACGACGACUGCGACAAGCAUGGGAUUCAGUUUGUGAAGAUCGACGACGAGAAGGCGGCGGAAGAAUUCGGAAUCGACAAUUUACCAGCGAUUGUCUACUUCGAGAAGCAGAUACCAAAUGUUUACGACGGAGAUAUAGAAAAUGAGGAUGAAAUCCUGGAGUGGUUGCUGUCGCAACUCGAAAAGGAUGAGAUCGAGGACGUCACUGAUGAGAUGCUGGAUCGUCUCAUCAAAGACGGGAAGACCUUGGCCGUGCUUUUCUAUGAUAACAACGAUCGGAAGUCACAGAGAGUUCUCAACGAGUUGGAGAACAUUGAUGACGAGUGCGAUCAGCUCGGCGUAACAUUCGUGAAAAUCGACAGUUCGGAAGAGGCCAAGGAAUAUGGCAUCGAGAAAAUACCUGCGAUGCUUUACUUCGAGAAAGGCAUUCCGAUGCUGUAUCAAGGCAAUCUGGAGGACGAGGAGAAGGUGCUCAAAUGGUUGGAGCAACAGCAAAAGGCUGACCAAAUCGAAGACGUCACGGAUGAAAUGCUCGACAUGGUUAUCGAGAAGAUGCCGCUCGUAGCCGUCCUCUUUUAUGACAAAGAUCAAAAAAAGAGUCAGAAGGUGCUGAGCGAACUGGAGAACAUUGACGAUGAUUGCGAUCAACAUAACAUAGCUUUUGUGAAGAUCAGUGAUUUGGACGAGGCGAAGGAGUACGGCAUAGACACGCUUCCCACUUUAGUGCUCUUUGAACGAAAAAUACCGCAUAUUUACGAUGGCGAUCUCAUGAACGAGGAUCAAAUACUAGGCUGGCUGUUGCAUCAGAAAAAGCAUGCCGAGAUUCCGGAAGUAACGGAUGAAAUGAUCGAGAAGCUCGUGGAGACCUCACCGUACACGGCAGUUCUGUUUUACGACAAGGACGAUAAGCAGGACAUAAGGAUCCUAAACGAGUUGGAAAAUAUCGACGACGAGUUGGAGAAAGAAGGCAUCAUCAUUGUUCGAAUAGACAACGAUGCCGAGGCGAAGGAAUACGGUAUCGAUCAUCUGCCGACCUUGGUAUACUUCGAGGAUAAAAUUCCAGCGAUAUACGAGGGUGAUCUGUUGAACGAAGACGAAGUCCUCGAAUGGCUGAUACAGCAGAAGAACAGCGCUACCAUCGAGGAAGUCACGGAUGAGAUAUUGACGGAUCUUAUAGAGGACCACGAAUACGUUGUAGUAUAUUUCAGUGGAAGUUGUGAUGAAGGAGAUAAAUGUGACACUAUCCUCGACGAAUUGGAGAAUAUCGAUGAUGAACUCGACGAAACGGGCAUUAUAUUCGUCACUACCGAAGACACUGUCAUAGCAAAGAAAUAUGGCAUCAAACAUUUUCCAACUCUCGCGUUCUUCAGAAACAGGGACCCACUGAUCUAUACCGGCGAUCUCAAUGAUGAAGAUGAAGUACUGUCUUGGAUCACGGACGAGGACACUUUGGAGAUACCAGGGAAAAUCGAAGAAGUCAAUGCUAGAAUGCUGGAGAACAUCCUCGACGAAAACGACUAUGUCGUUGUCUUUUUCUACAAAGAAGGCGAUAAGAAAAGCCAGAAGAUCCUCCAGGAGCUCGAGAAUAUCGAUGAUGAGUGCGAAGAAAAAAAGAUCGAUUUCGUAAAGAUCUCCGACGAGGGAAUCGAGAAGGAAUAUGAUCUUCCGGGAUUACCGGCAUUGGCAUUCUACAGACACAAGUUCCGACAGAUCUAUUCGGGUGACAUGAUGCACGAGGAAGAGAUCUUAGAAUGGGUCCUCGAUCUUCGCACAACAACACCGGAUGUUAUCGAAAGCGUCGAUAGAAAAACGUUACAAGUUCUCAUCAACGAUGUUGAACAUCUCGCCGUUUUCUUCUACGACGACAAAUGUGAGUCCUGCACGGAAAUCCUGGAGGAGUUAGAAACGAUUGACGAUGAUACUGACAAACACGGUAUUCAAUUCGUCAAAUCAAACGAUGCUAAACUGGCGGCUGAAAUCGGUGUUUUCUCCUUUCCGGCUCUCGUUUACUACGAGACCGGAGUUCCCAUCAUGUACGACGGUAAUCUUCUCGAUGAGAAUGAAGUACUUGAAUGGAUGGUGAAACAGAAGACCGAUGAGAGCAUAGAAGAGAUUGACCGUGAGACUCUCACCAAAUACAUCGAGACAAAAGAAUUUCUCGCUGUUAUAUUCUAUAAAGAGGAGGAUCCAGAGAGUCCCAGAGUACUUAGACAUAUCGAACUGAUUGACGACGAGGCAGCGGAGUACGGAAUAAAGAUCGUCAGGAUGAAGGAUCGGCUGAUGGCGAAAAAAUACGGCUUCCGAAAUCCACCCGGCAUCACUUACUUCCGCAAGGGUAAGAGCAUCAACUACGACGGUGACAUCGAUGACGAGGAGGAGAUCCUCGAUUGGUUGACCAAUCCGGAAAAUAUGGAACUCACCGAUCAUAUAGAACGUAUCAACAAGAAGAUGUUUCAAAAAGUUCGACAAACAACCGACUAUCUAGCCGUAUUUUUCUACAGCAACGACUGCAAACAUUGCGGCCGAGUAUUGGCGGAGAUCGAACAUAUCGACGAUGAAGCUGACGGAGCCGGUAUUAAAUUCGUCAAAAUCGACGACAAACAACUAGCCAAACAGUAUGGUGUUUUCGCAUUACCAGCUAUACUGUUCUUUAAGAUGGGAUCAAAGGAACCAGUUAUAUAUGCAGGCGAUCUGUAUGAAGAGGAGCAAAUUUUACAGUGGUUGAUGACGCAAAAGGAUCCAUCGGGUGAGGUAAUCGAGGCUUUGGAAGGCGAGGACCUUCUAAAUUUGAUACGAGAAUCGGAAUCUUUAGCCGUAUAUUUCUGGAACAGAACGCUUUGCGACAUGUGCCAAUCAAAAACGUACCGCAAGCAGAUGCGCCACAAGCAGGAUCACAAGACCGCGGAACAUGGAGAUGCGGCCGAGGACAUCGAUGAUCCCGACGAUUGUACGCAAUGCGUGGCAAUACUCGAGGAACUAGAAAAUAUCGAUGACGAUUGCGACAGACACGGUAUCACAUUCGUGAAAACGCAAGAUUUCAAGGUAGCCGAAGAUUACGGGGUAACGGACUUUCCAGUAUUAGUUUACUUCGAGAAACAAAUGCCAAAUGUGUUCGAAGGUGAUCUCUCUGUGGAAGAAGAGGUAUUACAAUGGUUGAUUACUCAAAGAACGGAAGAUCGGAUCGAGCUGAUCACAAGAAUUAUGCUAGAAACAUCCGUUGAGGAGACACAGUACUUAGCGGUUUAUUUCACUAAACAAAAUUGUCAUAUAUGCGACGAAAUUUUGGAGGGUUUGGAAAAAGUAGACGACGAGUGCGACGUAUUUGGUAUUCAUAUGGUAAAAAUUCAAGACCCGCAGCUGGCGAAACGAUAUUCGAUCAAGACAUUUCCGGCGCUCGUCUAUUUCCGAAAUGGCAAUCCUCUACUCUUCGAAGGAGACCUGCAAAACGAAGAAUCAGUCCUCGAGUGGCUGAUCGACGAUGACAAUCGAGAACUGGCCGAUGAAAUAGAAUCCGUCAAUGACAGAAUGCUAGAAAGACUUCUCGAUGAAUCUCCCUUCUUAGCCGUUUUCUUUUAUGAUGAAGAUUGCCCAGAAUGUGACGAAAUCAUGGAAGCGUUGGAGAAAAUCGACGGCGAAGCUGAUCUUUUCGGCAUCGAUUUCGUUAAGAUCUCUAGCUCGGAUGCUGCCGAAAAAUAUGGCAUUCUCAAUGUUCCAUCUCUCGUGUAUUUCCGAAAGAAAAUACCACUUAUAUACGACGGUGAUCUUAUGCAAGAAGAUAAGAUUCUGCAGUGGCUCACUUCUCAAGAUGUGUUUGAGAUAAAAAAUGAGAUCGAGGAGGUUAACAAAAAAAUGCUAGAUAAACUGUUGGAUGAGAACGAGUUCCUUGCGGUCUUCUUUUAUGAAAACGAUAGUCAAGAAAGCGAGGAUGUGAACAAGAAGUUGGAAGAGAUCGACGGCGAGACUGACAAUCUGGACAUUACAUUCGUUAAAAUGGCAGAUCCUAAAUACGCUAGGAAAUGGGGAGUUACCAAGCUGCCUGCCAUCGUCCAUUUUCGCAAACGAUUCCCUAGUAUCUACAGAGGUAAUCUGCACAAUGAACAGGAUGUUCUCGAGUGGCUACGCAAGAACAGAUAUCGACAGCCGGAAUUGAACAUCUACAUGUACAUGCUGAUCGCCAUCACCAUGCUCUUUCUCAUGUACACCGGUUUCCUCCUGUCGUGUUUCCGCUCGGAACCGUCCGCGCCUGUCGCGCAUCCUAAGCAAGCGUGAAACACGCGCUCGAUACGGAAGUGACGACAAAAUAAAAGACAGGACUCGUGAACUAUUCGCGCUUGUGCGCUGCUCGGUACUUUCGAUACUUUGAUUCCCGUAUGAUUAUGCGUGGAUAGGUUCGUCCGGAACGAACGAUUUAUACAUGGCGCUCAAGGCGAUAAGAACGACGGUAACGAUGACCGCGCUGGAAUGAAAAUGACGAAGCGAUCUGCCUUGCAGGCCCUGCCGGACCGCUGUCAAAAUGUUAAAUGAAACUAUUGCGUGAAAGAGAGGGAGAGAAUGCGUUUAAUGAACCUUGUCACGAUUACUUUGAAUGUAAGGAUCAAAAGAUAAAUCACGCGUAUAUAUGUAGCGCGAGUUUGACAAAUUUUCGUCUCUCGAACUAUAAAAUGCGAGUGUUUACGAGAUGAACCGAAAGAGAUAAUUUUUUUUUUUUUUUUUAAAUUGACAUCUAUAUUAUUACAUUCUUUGUCCUAGAGAAUACACAAAAAGCAAUUUUAAUUUAUAUAUAUAUAAAGAUAUGAUAAAUAAUAUUAAGAAUGUUUAUUUGCGCGAAUACUUUUGGCCCCUAUUUAGUGCAGUAUCAUUUAACGCUAACCCUAGGUUUUUGAAACAUACAGAAAAAUUCCGCAAUAUGUCAAAAUAACGAUUCAAUACCACCACUGCGAUCUGUUCUUUUUUUUUUUUCAAUAAGAAGUACCUUUAAUUUCUGCCAAUAUUGUUAGUAUCAUUAUAUAUAGAGUAAGAUUACCGUUAUUUAUCAUAAUUAUCUCAUUAAUAUUAUUCUUAUUAUUAUUACUAUUACCCGUCUAAAAAAAUUAUUGAUAUCUAUUAUUGAUAAUGAUUAUUAAUACUUUUAUUACUGCUAUUAUUAGCAUUGUAAUUAUAAGCAUAAUUAUAACUUUAUUAUUAUUAUUCUUAUUAUUAUAUAAUUAUUAUGUAAUUACUAUUAUUAUUGUUGUUAGUACUUAGUAAUGACUGGUAGAUAUGACAGCGGUCUGCGAUUGUUCACUCCUUUAGUUUAUAUACGGUAUAGCUUUUGUCAAUAUGACUCUUCGCAAUGAUGAAUUAUCGUUAAUUUUUAACGAGAGCGAUAUAAUUAAUGACAUGACAAAGAAAAGCUUAUUUUUAUACACUCAUCUAACGAAGGGGACUAAUGACGUCAUCGUUACUAUAAUGAAUAAAAAAAAUGCACCCUUGGACCAACUUCAAACCGUUAAAAUGCCAUUUUCAUCUGCCAAGUGUAAAUAGGAUUAUAAUGUAAACGUGAAUAAUGAUGUAUUAUAUGAAAAA